AUGGAAAAUUUCAAGCUAAAAAAUGGCAUUGGAGAGGUUUGGCCUCGCCUUUGUAUUUCUCAAGAACCAUUCCAAAAGAUCAUAAUUUUCGCUAAACUCUAUCUCUUCCAUCAUCUGGAUUCUUGCCCCAAUCUUCAGGCCCUUUUGAAGAUUAUCCUUUUUACUAGCUCCGUCACAGCCCUUGCAGACCUCGUGGCACUAAGGAGUGAUUUGGCGCAACUGUACAAAAUUGUCUACUUCCACGAGAAUCAACUGGUCUAUCCCGUGCGGGAGUACAAGCAACGAUAUUUUCAGCACGGAUAUAACGACGUACUCUCUUGUUUAGUGGCUGACAAGAUUUUAUUCAAUUCCAAUUUUAACAAAGAAUCUUUUUUAAAAAGCCUUCCUACAUUUUUUAAUCUGAUGCCAGAUUACAGACCAAAGGACUUGGAGCAACAAAUCCGGCCGAAAUGUGAGGUUCUCUACUUUCCCAUCGACAUCCCAGGGAGCUCAUUUGUUUGCGAGGGGGAACCGCCUACCAAGAAGCACGUUCCUGAUGCCUCUCUUAAGCGACUACACAUAGUGUGGCCUCACAGAUGGGAACAUGAUAAAGAUCCCGAAACUUUUUUUACAGUCAUGUAUCGCUUGAAAGAUUCCAGAGAAAGUUUUGACUUGUCUGUGAUUGGAGAGACAUUUACUGAAAAUCCAAAGAUUUUUGAAGAGGCCAAAGAAUACUUAAAAGACCACAUUGUGAAUUGGGGAUUCAUACCUAAUAAAGAGGAAUACUAUGAAGUAUUGAAAUCUGGAGAUGUUGUGGUUUCUACAGCCAUCCAUGAAUUUUUUGGAGUUUCUAUGUUAGAAGCUACAAGAUUUCAUUGCUAUCCUCUUUGUCCAAACAGACUGGCAUAUCCAGAAAUAUAUCCAGAGAAAUACUUAUAUAACACGCCUAAUCAACUAUAUAAGAAGCUGAGAUAUUUUUGCCAACGCCCCAGUGCCGCUAGAAGUCACAAGAUAGAGGUAGAUUUAUCACGAUUUUCGUGGGAAACAUUAAAGCCACAUUACUUACAUUUCUUUAGUCAAGUCAUAACUGUGCCAAUGUCAGAGUAGAGAACAAAGAAAUAAAUUAUUUUUUUAUUGCA